CUGGAGAAGAUCAAGAGCAUCAGGAAAGCGGAUCUUGGAAAGUGACUGAUGAUGACUAUGAUGACAGUGUUGACAAUGAACGGAAAUCCACAUAUCUGAUAUAGACAACUGAACGGAAGGAGACCAGCACACCUAUCAAGCUUUAUUUUUGAAGAUGUCCAGCUGGAAACUGUCAAUUUUUUCAAUGUUAAGAACUGUCUGGCUUGAAUAGUUUAUCAUUUAUUUAUAAGGACAAAUAAACAUCAGGGACAAUAAACAAAAGUUGUUCAGACACAUCCAUAUGUGAAUACAUGCUUGUCACUGCAUAAACCAAGCAAGAGGGAGUCCACAUAAUCUUUAAAAUUAAUGUAUGUUAUUUAGAAAAGGAGUAAUAACACUUCACCGUCAUUGUCAUGGACAUGUGUAAAUGUAUAUACACAUUUGCUGGAUACUAAACAAAUAUGUACAUUUAUUCGAAUAAUGCUUUAAUGCACAUUUAUGUACAAUUCAUGAAUUCUCAUUUAUUCUUACAUUUCAAUGUAUAUAAUUUUGUACUUAAUAUCCUAAAUAAGUACUGUGAUUUUUUGUGAAUUUGUAAUGUGUCACCCAAUGUGAAAUAAAAUUGAAAAUACACGCACGAUGCGUCUCAUUGUCACUUAGUAAGCUGACUUCUGGGCUGGGCGAUAAAAAAUCUCACUAGUACAUACUAGUGCACCCUAAGUUUGAACAGCUAACAUAACGUUUUCGCAAUAAAGUCUUUCUCAAGGCAGGAGAUAUAGUUUACCGUUAACGCAACAAAAGAAAAGUCUUGUGCAGGAAGUAGCGAUGCCCGGAAGUGCUGGAUAUGAAGUAGAGCUAAGCGGGACUUUUAAUUUCUACAGCGGCAAAACAAUGAAAGCAGGCAGGUAGAGUUUAUCAACACUCGGCAGACGAUUAUUGUAUUUCAUCGUUUCUACAUGUUAGUUAUGGUACACCAGAAACGAAGGAUCCAUUAGGUUGACGGGUUAAUAAAGACAGAUGUCUGUUGUCAACUUGCUGUCAAUGUGUCUGUAGCAGGUCAUGGCUGUUGGAGAGCUCUGUCUAAUUGAUAAAGACAUUUCAAGUCUGUUAGGGAUCCCAUUGAAUCCCAACAUUUCAUCGCUGAAUCUUCACUGUAACCGCAUUUCUAAGAUUGAGGGUUUGACAACAGCGUGGCACAUUCGGCAUCUGGACCUGUCAUCCAACCACAUCUGUCGUAUAGAGGGAUUAGAUUCCCUGUCCUCACUGCGCACCUUAAACCUGUCUUGCAAUUUAAUCACAAGGGUGGAAGGGCUCAGUGGACUAACAAAUCUCACAAGACUAAAUUUGGCUUACAAUCAAAUAAAUGAUCUAAGUGGCCUCUUAUAUCUCCAUGGAGCUGAGUGCAAACUAAAACACCUGCAGCUCCACAGCAAUCGUCUGGAUAGUAUAAAUCACCUAGUGCAGUGCGUGGUGGGACUCCACAAUCUGAAAGAUCUUACUCUCAGCAAGGACAGCUCACAAAAUCCAGUCUGCUCGCAGCCAGGCUAUAGGGAUACGGUUCUACAAUCUCUACAUCAAGUCACUACACUAGAUGGAGUAGAUCGCCUGGGAAACACAUCUCAUUCAGCAGAGGAAAGCCCUAUGGAUGUUCCUGGCCUUGAGGAUUUUCUUGAGUUUCUCAAUUCAUCAGACACUAGUGUUAAUGGAGGACCGGCGAAGUCGGACGCUCCUCUCACUACUCCACGGAUUGAUGAGGUACUGUCCCAGUUUCGACAGCGAGGUGAAAAACCAACCACAGAAAAUCAAGAAAAUGAGCUGCGUAUUAAAAAACUAGAGCUGCAGGUUUCCCACCUCAUUCAGAAGGUCCCAGCCGGGGAUGCCAUUAACACAAGCCGCGCUUUACCUUCUGUGGUACGUAAAGCUAAGAGAGAUACUGAUCAGACUUCAGAGAGUGAAUGCGACAGUGCAAAAGAGAACCAACGGAAUUCCAGAAUCCCAGUUCAUCCCAAAGGCUCUGUAGCGAAAAAGACGACCAAGGACAACAGACCCAAACAGCCUGACUGUGUAACAGAUACACAGAAACAGAGGUCCACAAAGCAGGCUGUUGGCCCCCGUAGAAAGACAUCAGUCCAGAGCUCUGGGUCGGAGGAAACAGUGACAGUACAGUCUUUGAAAAAGGGUCCAAAAACAAUGAGAGCAAGUCCUGUCAAAGGUCAAGCUCAAUCUCAGGUUGAAACCUACAGGGCAAUAGUGGAAGAGCGUGACCAGGAGCGAGAGCGACGCUGGAAAGCAGAGCAGGCUGUGAAAAGACUUACAGAACAGGUUAAAAACCUGCAGACUCGGGCCAGUGAGGAGAAGGAUUUACAGAGCUUAGCCCUACACACCACAGACAGACUGAAAGAGAUGCUGUUGAAAGAGCGUUCCGAUCGGGCAGGACUGCAAACCCGUUUACAGGAGUUGGAGGAAAGACACAGGUCUACAUUAGAGCAGCUGGAGCAGGCACAUAACCGGGAUGAGCAACACAAGAGGGCGCUGCGGAGUCUGGAGGACAGCGUGAGCCAAGCAGAGCCUCUCAGAGUACAGCAGCGUGCUGAAGAGAUAAAGAGGACUCAGGAGCUGGAGAAUAAAGCAUCUGCCUUUAAAAGAGAAGUUGAGAUACUGAGAGCAUCAGCACGACAGCACAAAGACAAGCUACAGCAGUUGCACGAAUUAUUGGCCUCCAGGGAGGAGAUGCACAGGAAGGAGCUUGCGUCGCGGUUGCUUCCUGGUGGGACUGAGUUUAAGGACGCUGUAGCCAAAGAGGUGGAGGCUAUAGAGAAAAGAUUUGCCCAGAAACAAGCUGAGAUGGAGCAAAAGCUUGGUGAUUCUCUUAAGCAGUAUGCCGCUCUGGAGGAUGAGUUUCGCAUGGCUCUUACCAUUGAGGCAAAGCGUUUCUCAGAGGUGAAGGAGGGGUUUGAUCAGAUGUCUGCUGAGCUCUUAGAAGUGAAAUCAAGCCUCAGUCAGUCUCAGCAGAAAGAGAAGCAAUCAGUCUCUCUGGUGCAGGAGCUCACAACCAUGGUGAAGGAGCAAAAAACAAGAAUAGCUGAACUCCUCAAAGCUAAACGGGAAGCUGCAGCUGAGUUUAAGACCCGUCUGCAGUCCUUGGAGUCCAAACUAGAAGAGGACAAACGCCUCAACCUCCAGGUAGAGCUAUUAAAGAAAGACAAGACCAGGCUGCUGUCCCAGCUCACAGCUCAAGAGUCUGUCAUAGAUGGGCUACGAGCAGAGAGGAAGAUCUGGGGCCAGGAACUUGCACAGCAAGGUGCAUCUUUAGCACAGGACCGUGGUCGACUAGAGGCUAGGAUUGAGGUGUUGUUAACCGAUCUGGAGUCGCAGAAGAAACAGAAUGAGAGAGACAACGAUGCACUUAGGAUUAAAGCAAAGAUCGUUGAUGACCAGACAGAGACUAUCCGUAAACUAAAAGAGGCCCUGCUAGAGCGAGAUGAGCAGAUCCGUAAAUUGCGCGAAGAAAGUGUGCAGGACCAGCGAAAGUCAAAACAGCAGCUGGAGGAGGUAAUGGCAUCUGCUGCGGAGCUCAGAGACACAGUGGAGCAGCUUAGUCUCAGAAAGGAGGAGUUGAAACAACAGCUUCUCGAUAAGGAGGCGGAGCUUGAUGAGGUCAAAGAGAACUACAGGGUUUCAAGUAAGAAAUGGCAGGAAAAGGCUGAACUGUUGAACAGGCUCGAGAGCCAGGUAAAGCGAAUGAAGGAGGGAUUUGAUUCCAAAGAGAGAGCUCUGGUGGAAGAAAGGGACAAAGCUUCACAAGCGCACAGGGCAGCAGUGGAGAAGCUUCACUGUGUGGACGAUGCCUUCCGUAGACAACUGGAAUCUCUGCAGGCUUCCCAUCAGGCUGAGCUACUUCGCCUGGCGAAUGACAAACAGAAACAGACAGAGAAAGCCAAUCAGAAGGUGUUCCAGGUGGAGGAGGAAAUGCGUCAGCUGCUUGAGGAAACUGAGAGUAAUAAAAGGGUUAUGGAGGAGAAAAUGAGACGCCUCACACAAGUGCUGAAAGACUUCUAACCUCCUAUCUGCUGCAGAGCCACAAGACAAACAUACUUGGUGGAUGCCUUAUUUUUUGAAAGUCAUGUUUUUGUUAAAUUUGGGGUGCAAACAUAUUCCUAAAUGUUCACCCCAUUGUAUUGAACUGUAGUUUAAGUUUUUAUUAAAAUUACAGUACAAACAGGUCUCUGUAAAAUUGUAGAAUUAAAUUAUUUAUUUUUGUAUUUUAUUAAACAUAAUAAAAUACAAAAUAGUUUGACGUACCUUUACAAUGCAUUAUUAUGUAAUGUACUUUUAUGUAACAUUUCCUUUUGUUGUUUCUCUGUUUAA